GGAUCCGGGCUCAACGCGGCGGCGGCGGAUGCAGACGGCCGCGGGGGGGCCGUGAAGGGGCGGCCGCCGCCUCCCGCCCCCGCUCCCGCCGUCCCCCCUUUGCUCAGUCCGUCCUCUCCGCGGCCGGCGGGGCCAUGUCCGGGGUAGUGAGGACCCUCAGCCGCUGCCUGCUGCCGGCCGAGGCCAGCGGGCGGGAGCGCCGGGGCGGCGGCGGGAGCAGCGGCGGCGGCAGCCGGGACUCGGAGCGGGAGGCCCGGCGGCGGAGCCGGGAGAUCGACGCGCUGCUGGCCCGGGAGCGCAGGGCGGUGCGGCGCCUGGUGAAGAUCCUGCUGCUCGGGGCCGGCGAGAGCGGCAAGUCCACCUUCCUGAAGCAGAUGCGCAUCAUCCACGGCCGAGAGUUCGACCAGAAGGCGCUGCUCGAGUUCCGGGACACGAUCUUCGAGAACAUCCUCAAGGGCUCAAGGGUUCUGGUUGACGCUCGAGACAAGCUUGGUAUUCCUUGGCAGUAUUCAGAGAAUGAGAAGCAUGGGAUGUUCUUAAUGGCCUUUGAAAAUAAAGCUGGGAUGCCUGUUGAACCUGCCACUUUCCAACUAUAUGUACCUGCUCUGAGUGCUCUUUGGAAGGAUUCUGGCAUCAAGGAAGCCUAUAGCCGCAGGAGUGAAUUUCAGCUGGGUGAAUCUGUGAAGUAUUUCCUGGAUAACUUGGACCGGAUUGGCCAGUUGAAUUAUUUUCCUAGUAAACAAGAUAUUCUGCUGGCCAGAAAAGCCACGAAAGGAAUUGUGGAACAUGACUUCAUUAUUAAAAAAAUACCUUUCAAGAUGGUUGAUGUGGGUGGGCAGCGGUCUCAACGUCAGAAGUGGUUCCAGUGUUUUGAUGGAAUCACCUCAAUCCUAUUCAUGGUCUCCUCCAGUGAAUAUGACCAGGUCCUCAUGGAGGACAGGCGCACCAAUCGGCUGGUCGAAUCAAUGAACAUCUUUGAGACCAUCGUCAACAACAAGCUCUUUUUCAACGUUUCCAUCAUUCUCUUCCUCAAUAAAAUGGACCUCCUAGUGGAGAAGGUGAAGACUGUCAGCAUUAAGAAGCACUUCUCAGACUUUAAGGGUGACCCUCAUAGGCUGGAGGAUGUUCAGUGCUACUUAGUUCAAUGUUUUGACAGAAAAAGGCGGAACCGAAGUAAGCCACUCUUUCACCAUUUCACCACUGCCAUAGACACUGAAAACAUCCGCUUUGUGUUUCAUGCUGUGAAGGACACAAUCCUGCAAGAGAAUUUGAAGGAUAUUAUGUUGCAGUGAAGGAGAAAGUCCCCUUGCUUUUGUCAUCCUUAAAUGGACUCAAGGGCUAUUGGUCAGAUGGGGGGUGUGGGUGUGUGUGUGUGGGUGUGUGGGUGUGGGGUGUGUGUGUGUGUGUGUGUGUGUUAUCUGUAUGGCCCUGGUGUAUGUUUCUAAGAUCCAUGCCAUUAUUUAGCCAGCUCAGGAAUGCUGUAAAACUAGCCAGUCCAAACAUAUGAGCUCUAGGCAGAAGGACUUGGAAAUUUUGAUGUUAGCUACUGAAUUAUGGGGACUAGUAAAACUACUGAAAAACCAAGUGGUCGCUUUGCUAUAAAAUCCUGGUUUGGCAUACUGAGGAACAUAGCCUUCUUUUUUUGGAAAAACAUUAAUUUACUUUUUUUUUAUGCUUUUAAAGAAAAUAAUCUGAAAGAAGGCUUUUUUUUUUUUCGAGAACAAACUCAGUAGCCAUAUGGAUUGCUUUAUCUCUAGCUUUCAGGUAAUCAGUGAACAGCUAACCUGAAAAUUUUGCUCAGAUAGUAGUUGUAUUAAAAAAAAAAUUCCAACUGAUACUGUUAGCUCAAAGCACAUGAACCUAAACUGACACUCUCCACUUCUAUUCCACACACUGCAUUUGGCUAGGAAUCUAAAUGCCACUUCCCAUGGUAAAUGUAUAGUUGCCUUUUAAGACUCACAUGCCAAUUUUCCAAAAGAUAAGAACCUAGGAGUUGCAAAUUAAGCCAAAUUGCCAUGCAUAAGAACUCAUUUCUCUGGGCUUGUAAAACAAAUGUUUUAAAAUAAAAAAUCUCGGGCCCUAGGUGACAUGGACUGAGUUUAAUUUUUGCCCUACAAAAAUGUGUACAGUUUUUCUUGCCUCAUAAACAGUUGAACUACCAGUAACUCAACAUGUAAUGGAUUUGUGGUGCCAAAGCACACUUUGACAGGGAAUGUUUUGCUACCAACACACACACACACACACACACACACUCUCUCUCUCUCUCUCUCUCGUGCUGUUUUAGCUUCUGUCUACUUUUUGGGGGGUUUUGCCUUCUUCUGACACCUUGGUUGGCAACACUUGGAGAACUUCUUUCUUCUCAAAACAGCAGUUCAGCAUCCUUCUUAUAGAAGCUCCUGUAGCUGGCAAAGCUUUUGUUAAUGCAGCAGCUGUUUGAUAAGUUGCUAACAGCUGACCUUACAGGAAGCCCCAAAACUCCCUGGAGAAAUCCGAGUUUCACAGCUGCACUUAUGCCUUUGGACACUAGGGCCCAUUUCAGCCACUCCUUUAAAUCUAACUCUUGUACAAGAGUUCUGUUCUGUAUUAGUGCAUGUACACGACAGGCAAAGAGUGUCAGAUCUAGCUAUCUAGAUCAAACUGCAGAACGCUGUAAAAGUGGUGUGAACUGGUUAAACUCAUUUAGUUACCUGCUAGGUGCCUUUCACUGUUUUUGAAAUAUAUGUAUUUCAAGCCUGAUUCACUCACUACUAUGCAUUACUUUACUUAAAAGAUGUAUCUGGUGUAUUCAGUUAGUUUUCCAACAUCAAAAAAUUUACUGUGCAACUGGUACCAUAGUUUCUGUAUGUAUAUAUGUGUAUACACAUAUAUGCACAUAUACAUAUGCUUGUGUGUGUGUGUGUGUGUAAACAUAUAUAUAUCUACCUUCUUGAGGGCUCACAUAAACUGAGUGAACAGGAUCUUUGAUUUUUGUGUCCCAUUUGAAACUCCAUCCAGGUUUAUUCAGCAUGCCAGAUAAAUUUCAUUUUCAUUUUUGGCCAGUUAUCUUGUGAUAUUGAUCCAAAAGAAAAAAAUUCUAAUGUGCUUUUAAUUAGUACUAAGUUAUAAUUCUUUUAAUUAGGAGAAAACACGAAAUUCUCUUCCUUUGUGGUAUGCAAGAGCUUAUGUUAAGGUUUGCUGGGUUGGUUUAUUACUGUGAUGCAAAAAAAAAAAACUUAUUCUGGAGGCUCCUCUUAAUCCUGUGGGUCUUCAUAGACUAGGGAUCAGUCUUGUUAAGUUUUUUAAUGCUCCUAAUAGUGCUGUGUAGAAUGGGAUUUAAGAUCACAUUUCCAUUAUUUAAUAAUUGUAUGAUUGCAAAAUUAUUAAUUUACCUGGACCAACUUUAUAUUUAUCUCACAAAUUUUGUCAGGUUCAAAAGCAAAGAAGAAAUGCAAAGUAGUCAGAUAGUUUAGGAAUAUUCUGCAACAAUUUUGAUGUUCAAUCUGUGCUAUAGCUGCUUUCAUGAUGGGUAAAGCAGAGUAUUCCCAACAGCUGAUGAAGUCAUGCGAAAUACAUUUCUGAAAAGAUCUUUCCACUUGAUUGUUUAAUUAACUGUCAGGAUCUAAAGCAGCAUUGCAAAUGAGUAUGAAAUAUUUUUAAACAACCAAAAAUGUUUACUAACCUACUCUUAAGCAUAUAAGUAAUAAGAACGUUGUAAAUGAUGCAUUGUUCUACAAUACACAGGAGAGUGAAAAAAAGGUUAAGUGACUUGGGUUUUAGUAUUGUCUAUUCUACCAACUAGCUGACUGGCCUUAAGCAAAUCUCUUAGCCACUCUGAGCCUUACUUUCUUAGGUGGUCUCUAAAUUAUAUGAUUCCAAGAUUACGUAACUUAGAAUUCCCUGCUUUUUGAGGGGGAGAAGUUAGUGGCAAUUUGAAACAUUUCCGCUCAUUAUAAAUUGCUGCAUUCAGAUUUGCAGUGGAUUUUAUCUCUAAAAGGAAGCUUUUGAGCUAUUACCUUUUGUAAAUUUCAUGCCUUUAUUUGCAGUGAUUAUUCUUGAUGCUUGUGUUCUGUUUUUCAUUAAUAUGUUGGGGAAGUAGUAGGGUAAAAAGUACCUGGGUAUAAUGAUAAAAGAAUACACACUAUUUCUCACAACUAUGCUUGCUCUCUUACACAUGAGGACUUAUAGCUGUGAUUAAAAGAGCAUACUUUUUAACUCUUCUGUUUAUAAAAAAUGGGUUUUGCAGAUCUUGAAUCCUUAGCUUUGUGGUUUUUAAUACUCUCUAGAACUUGGGCAUAUAGCUUUUAAAACAAACCCUUUGACAAAAAAGAAACUGUCAAAUUAUAUUAACUACAAAUUUAAAUGCAAUCUUGAAUUAUUGAUUUUAUUUAUGACUGAAUGGGGGAGAGGGAGUUUCUGAAAAUAUACCCUCUCUAAUACUUUUAGUAUUGUUAAAUUAUGGCACCUGUUCACAUUUUGAUAGUUGUGAGUGACUUGGCCAUGUCUUACCCCUUUGUAGUAUGUUACUGUUAGGUAAGAAAGACAGAUUGAGAGACCUGGCACAUUGCCUUAAUCAUCUUCAGACUCUGAAUGAGUGUUUAUUUAAAAUUUGAUCCUUAAUUUUUUUUUUGUUUUCUUUAGUAUUGGGUUUCACUCAACCAAAAGUGCUUACAAAAAAUAAUGCAAAAAAAUCACCACCAACCUGACUCUUAGAGCUAAAAAGCUCAGAGCAGAUACCUAUUACCUUACUUUGGUUUGUUAGGGACUGUCCUUAAGUGACAAACUGUUAGUCUUUCCAUGUACCUAGUAAAACCUGAGAGCCACAGCGUUGGGAAAUGCAAAAGCAUCUUGUAUUCAUAGCAAAUGGGAUUUUGAGGAAUGCUACCACAUUCCAAAACUUACCCCCAAGGAUAAAUACCCAGUGAUCACAGCUUGGAUAAUAAAUCCCAGAAAAUAUUAGCAGGAAGCAAUGGGGAAUCUUUCUGUGCAAAACCUGUUGCACCUUCCUGGGGAUGUCACAGCCCAAAAAAUCAGUAAGCCAACCACAGGAAGGUGACUAUAAUCAGAACUUUUAGCAUCAUUUGUUUUCCAUGAAUUUUCCUGGCAACACUACAAAACAGUUUACUGUGGAAAAUAUUUCAAUCCUCAUCCUUUUAAAUAAUUGUAAACAAGUUAUAUAGUACAUUUUAGACAAGAUUAUAUAGUACUCUUUAGCUUUUAUCCAUAGCAGUGGGCAAGGUAACAGUGUGUAUUCACGUGUACCUACAACAUAUUGGAUAUGGAAACCAUCCCAGCAAAAGACCAAAGAGAUCCUUAACAUGGUCAGAAUAGCCCUUUCAUUAGACAGGGUAAUAAUCAUUGAUAAAUCCUAUUCCAUAAUGACUUUUGGCCAAUAGCUUGCCUCAAGUGGGUUUCCCAGUGGCAUAGGAAAGGGUAGUUCUUAAUUCCAAGUUUUAUUGGUGAUUUGAGUAGGUGAAGAGAGUGAUAAUAAGCACAGUUUUCUUCCAGAUGUUGGAGAAGUCUUUUAGCUCCUUUAGUGUGAAGUCAAUAAAUUACACAGGAUAUGCUUAGCCACCCCAUUCUAAAUGAUGCUUUGGAAUUGAAAAGGUUUGCUUCUAAUGGAGAUAUAUAAGACAGAGGUGGACAUGGUUUGACCUGUUCUCAUUAGCAUUAAAUAUGUGAUUCUCAUGUUUGCUGUGAGAGUACUUGUCACCUUUAAAAUAAAAUCAUUAAACCUUUAUUUAAAGGGAUGCACUGAGGUCCAAAGCUUGGAGGGCUGAAUACCUGUAUAAAGGUCACUCCGAAGAGGAUAAUUUGUACAAAAUGAAUUGAAGACUAGUUUUUAAAAAUAAUGUCUCAGACUGCAUGUAUUCAGUGGUGGUGUGUUUUGGGCCUUGAAGGUAAAGCUGCCAGUUGAAAAGAAACUUGGAAAGCUGAUGAUGCUAAAGAUUCAUUGUAUUGUUAAUGUUUUAUAUGACCAAGUUUGAAGAAAGUUGAAACUUAAAUGUAUGUUGUGGGUCAAAAGAAGAAUUUCUAUUUGAAUUUUAAGUGUCACAGCAUCUACAGUGGCACCAGCCAGACAUGAAAACAAUAACAGCCUCAACAUCUGAAGACAGGGUUUAAUAAGGUAGUGAGGGACUAGUUUCAAUAUUUAUCAUUAUUUUACUAAUUAAUUUUCCCCUAGCUAGCUUCUUAGAAAUUGGAUUACUACUUUGUGUUUUGUACAUUCUUUUAAAAUACCUAAUUCAGUUUAUAAAAUACAAUACAUGCCUGCAGGUAGAAAUGUUCUGUACCUUAAGGCAUAAUUGAGAGCAUCAAUAUAGAUCUAGCCUUGGAGUCAAGAAGGCUCAAGCCCUGCCUCUACCACAUCCCAGCUGUGUAACCCUGGGCAAGUCACUUAACCUCUUACUGCCCUGGGCAGCUCAGAGAAAUUGCAGAGCAGUUGCCAAUCUAUGUUGGUAGAGGGAAUUUUCUUACCUGGAAUUCCCUCUGCCAAUGAAAUCAUAGUUAGUUCCAAUCUCCACCCCGCUUCACCUUCCGAAAAAAGCAUAAUUACUCUUUAAACCUACAGUAUUCUCCAAUCCCCUUUCUUUUGAUUGAAUGGUAAUAGGAUACCUCAAACUCAAGAGUGGUUCUCUAGAAUAGAUAGCAUGUAUAGACUAGCACUAUUAAUUAACACUUGAAACCUGCCAGAGGAAAGAGAGACCUGGUCCAGAGUACUUGUUGGUUAUGAAAUGCCCAAUGUAUGAAAAGUAGCCUCUGUUUUUAUAUUGCUUCUGAACCAGGCACUUAGAGGAACUGAUGUAGCUUCCCUUUUCUAAACAUUUAGAUAUGAAGUUUCCUGGACAAAUAACAUAACUCCACCAAGCAAUAGGGGGAAGAAAAAGCCAAGAAAUAGCCUGUAACAAACUCAUAGUCUCUAGAACUAUUCCUGGUGUACCAGAACCUGACUUGGUUUGGUGGUUCAUAGGGCUUCCUUAAAUGAAUAAGAGCAGGACACAGGUCCUCAUAAGCCAGACAAAUUUCUCUUGCUUUGGCAGGGCUUCUUGUUUCAUUUUAUUAUCACUAAGGACUUUAGAGGGCAUGGGGUCAGUGGUAGGCCACGAUGUUCCUGGAAAAAUACAGAAUAUACAGUAGGUCGCCAGACUUUGGAAAGAUGAGCGGAAGUUUGACAGUGACCCUAAGAUUUCAUCUUAACUAUUUAAACCGUUUACUUCUCAGAAAGAUUCCAUAGGUGUUAAACAAAGCUACCUUGAAAUGUCUGAGAUUUUCAUUUUAAAAGAAACCCUAUAGUCUUCAUUCAUAAUGAAAUCUGCAGGAAUGUAAUGUGGAAAUUUAACCUUGAUUACUCAAAUUUAGUCGAAUUCCAGGCCUUGUCAAACCAGAAAAUCCAGUUACAUCCCCUGAGCUAGCUGGAAAGGGUAUUUGGUUCUUUGAAAGAUAGUUGGUUUUUUUCCCAUUCAUUGCCCUUUUUUGGUUAACCCAAGUGAGCUGCCCUAAGUUUUCACUUUGGUCUAUCAUUUAAUUAGGAUUUCUAAAUGAAAUCAAAGCAACUCAAUACUUUAGCAGUCGAUUGCUUUAAAAAAUAAUCCUGAGCCUCAUUUGUUAUUAUUGCAGCAAAGAGGCCAGUGGACCAAAGAACCAAACCGAUCCCUGCAGAAAAGUUGUUGAGUUGGUGAUUUGAGGGGAAGCCUGCCUUUUUCCUGGCCUGGUGCUGUUCUCUGAAAAUAAAGGGCUGCUGUUCCCAAUGCUGUUACUGUGGCGCCUUUUUAUUAGCACUGAAUUCACUUUAUUUUAAUAAUUAAAAAGCUGACGUGUUUCACCCAAGCAGACGGAAUCCCAGCAGUUCAGAGUCAAGGUAGAUGUUUUCCUGUGGAAACUCCCAGAGCUAUAUUUUCUUGAGGAUUCUCAGAAGUCCUGUCUGCUCCAAAUGGCCCCAGCUUUUGUCUGCUUGGGUCAUUUUGGACAGUGUUUCUUAAGGUAGGUGAGAGAGAGAGAAAAUUUUCACUGGGUAAUAUUGACUGACUUGGAAGUCACAAGAAAAGUUCAUCUCUGAAUAUACAAGAUGUUCAGUAUGUAUUUGAUGCCAAGUAGUUAAGAGGUAUGGAGCUUUUUGAGUAGACUGUAUAAAUAAUUACUACAAUCUCAGUCUUGGCGGGAGUCCAGGGUUUACUUCUAGUUGACUUCAGAAUAACCCCAGUCAGAAAGGAAGAGGCACAUAUACCUCUGAGAACAGGCUUGCUGGGGAAAGGCCAAAGAAUCCAACAGGGAGGAUCCAUUUUCUGACCUCUCCUAAAGGCUGCUCCCUAAAAUUUCAGCAGAAUUUUUUCUCAGAGUUAGUCUGUACCUUUCACUGAAAAGUUCAGCAGCUGGAUAGUUGCUAUGUAUUAGAAUUGCUGAAAAUGUUCCUUUGAACAUUUUUAUCAUAAAACAUCCCCUAAUAAACUGGGCCAUUUAAAAUUCUCCUACACAGCUUUGUGAUGACAAACAAGAUCUUUGCCACAAAGCAAUUUUUGUACUUUUUUUUUAAAAAAGGGAAUAAUGAGCAAAGAAAACUUGAUCAUACUAGAGACUGUGAAUUUCAGUUUUCAAGGUGAACCAGACUUACAAGGCUGAAAAUUAAACUGUUAUUAAAAUUUAGCCCCAGUUUUAUAUGCGUUUGGCUGUACAUUUGCCAAACUGCCUUGCAGAUGGAUUGACAGAAGCAUACAUCUAUUAUUUCAGUACGUGUUUGAUAGAUUAUCACAGGUUCCAUCAUACAUCAUGACUGCAGUAUUCACACCCAGCCUGGAGAAUCCUUGAACUUACCAAGAUAAAUGUGCAUUGCCCUAGUGUGUAUGCCCAGUUUUCAUUUUGCCUGGUAGAUUGCAAUGGUUGCUAACAAGUCUUCACGGGUAAACGAAAACUCUUAACUUGCUCUCUGUCGGAUCUGUUGAACAUUAGAAUUGUUAAUAAUGACACUUUGAACUAUUAUGUGAAUUCUUUACACACUUGCAUAAUGUGCUUUUUCUCUUAACACCAUUCAAACCAAAUAAAAUUGACUGGCAUGCUGUUCAGUGUUGACACACAACUCUCGCCAGGAAAUUCAGUGUUAAUAUGCUCCAUCUUCUGUUCAUUGCCACUCUGUCCUUAACUCACCCUAUCAAUCAGUGCUUUGGUUUUGUAGCAUUUCCUAUGCAACUGCGCACACUGCUCUGAGCACUGCACGAUAUUCUUGCAAAAAGGGGCGAGUUAAAAGAUGACAGUUAAGCCUUAACACUUAAGUAUUCACAAGGGGAAAACAUUUUUAAAAUAAGGGUUUUACAUACUAAACAAGAAUACCAAGAGAUGCAUAACGUGAACACACCAUAGCUGACUUCUUAUUUUUGAAGUGUCUAUGUAGCACCAAGACAGCAUCCACAGUAGGUGGCCAACUUUGCUGUGAUAAAGUCUCAAUUUAUGAAUAAAUACUGUGUACUAGAUUAAAAUAUAUAUUGUGAAGUGUAAAAAGUGUAUUUUAUAGCUAUGGUGGAUUAGUUAAUGUGUUUUGUAUAUAUGAUUUUUAUAAGUCUAUUAAAACUUGCCUUACAUUA